AUGGCAGAAGGGCUGUACUGUAACAGCUCCUUUGAUAACAUCUACUGCUGGCCCAACACACCUGCAGGAUAUACUGUGUAUAUGCCAUGUCCCAAGGGAUACGACAACACCAAAAUCCUGGCUUACCGGAUUUGUACGGAGACGGGAGAGUGGCUGAAGGGAAACUGGUCCAACUACACUCUGUGCGUGCCGCAUAAGAUCAGACGUGUGCCGCCGCCGGAUCUGUCCAUGCUACUAGCGGUGAGAGAUAUCUACUUCGCGGGCUCGGCGUUAUCUCUGCUGAUGCUGUGUAUAUCCAUGUUCAUCUUCUGCUAUUUCAGGAGACUACACUGUGACCGCAUCAGAAUCCACAAGCAGCUGUUGUUGUCCCUGAUCUUCCGGUCCAUCAUCCUCAUCAUACUGAUGCAGCCUGGGGACGACUCUGGGCCUUCUUACAUGAACGAGCCUGUAGUGUGCCGGAGCCUGGUGGUUCUGUCCCAGUACUUCAGCAUGUCUAACAUCUUCUGGAUGCUGGUGGAGGGCCUGUUCCUGUACAUGCGCUGUGUGGUGGCAGUCUUCCACUACCUCUCAAGUCUCGCAGUCUUCUACGUCAUCGGCUGGGGUGCCCCGGCGCUGUUCGUUGCAGCGUGGACAGUGGUGAUGUACCUGUUCGACACAGAGCGGUGCUGGAUGGACUACACCAGGUUAUCCUACGCCUGGAUCGUGUCAGGGCCGAUCGUUGUCGUUCUUGUGGUGAACCUCUACUUCCUACUGCAUAUCCUCGUGGUCCUAAUCACCAAGAUGAAAGCGGACCAACAGUCCACACAGUUCGCCGAGCCAUGGAAAGCCCUGAAGGCGAUGUUCAUCCUCCUGCCGCUGCUGGGACUCACCAAUCUGCUGUUCUUUGUGGAUCCACAAGACGGCGGUCUGGGCGAGGACAUCUAUCAGGUCUUUAACGCUGUCAUGCAGGCGACACAGGGGAUGUUUGUAUCUAUGAUCUACUGCUUCACAAAUGCCGAGGUUCAGAAUGUCAUCCGUGACAAGCUAGGACACCGUAACCACCAGCCCAAAUUUGACAUGCAGGGUCCAGCCCAGCGGAGAGGUCUGCUCGCGUCCACCACAGCUUCUACUACAGUCACUCAGUCUCAUGCAGAGACCCGGCUGUGAUGGUGCCAUAGUGACUGGGGCAGGGGGGCAAUCUAUCAUUCCCAAACAUGCAAAUGAGGACAUGACUUUGCAUAUGAAUCUGGAUGUGCAUGGGAAUCUUCCCAUGUAUGCUAAUGUCUUUUGGACACUGGAGUUAGCGGGGCUAACACUGGACUUAGCGGGAGAUUCAAACUGAGCCCCGCUCUGGACCCAUCGUGCCAAGAGGUCAAACACCUGUGCUGUAGCAUGCCAUUGUAUUCGCAGUCAAUGUCAACUUUCAAGAACUGUAGAUUACAAUCGUUCAGUAAACAGAACAACAUGUACACCCAUGUCAACCCUUUGUGAUACUUCAUUGUCGAGUGUGGCCAUGUGAUAGCAGAUCUGAUAUUCUUUGUGUCUGUUGUGGUUCAAAGUUGUGCUUGAUGUGAUGUGUAUGUGCACUGCAAAUGAUGUUAAAA